AUGCAUGAAUUAAGCGAAAAACUCAACACACUAAACCUCCAAAGUCAGCGAAUCAAACCUGUUGAAGUAUAUCAUCUGGCUAAUGCAUUACGACAUAACACAACACUCACCACACUAAAUCUCACAGAUAAUCGAUUCGGAGUUAUUGGAGCACAGCAUUUGGGUGAUGCAUUACAACAUAACACAACACUCACCACACUAAGUCUCAAAAGUAAUGAAAUCCAAGUUAUUGGAGCGCAACAUUUGGCUGAUGGAUUACGACAUAACAAAACACUCGCCACACUAGAUCUGAAAAAUAAUGGAAUCGGAUAUGUUGGAGCACAGCAUUUGGGUGAUGGAUUACGACAUAACAGAAUGCUCAUCAUACUAGAUCUUGGAGAUAAUCCCAUCGGAGAUGUUGGAGCACAACAUUUGGCUAGUGGAUUACGUCAUAACGCAACACUCACCACACUAAAUCUCAGAGGUAAUCGAUUUGGAGAUGUUGGAGCACAACAUUUAGGUGAUGCAUUACGACAUAACACAAUGCUCAUCGUACUAGAUCUUGGAGAUAAUCCCAUCGGAGAUGUUGGAGCACAAUAUUUGAUUAAUGGAUUACGACAUAACACAACACUAACCACACUAGAUCUCAGAUAUAGUCAUAUUGGAGCUAUUGGAGCACAACAUUUCGCAGAUGGAUUACGACAUAACGCAACACUCAGCAUACUAGAUUUCGGAGGUAAUCCAAUCGGAGAUGUUGGAACACAACAUUUGGCUGAUGGAUUACGAUAUCACAAAACACUAGCAACACUACAUCUCAGAUAUAGUCAAAUUGGAGCUAUUGGAGGACAACAUUUAGGUGAUGGACUACGAUAUAACACAUCACUCAUCACAUUAGACUUUCAAGGUAAUGAUUUUGGAGCUAUUGGAGCACAGCAUUUCGCUGACGGAUUACGACAUAACGCAACACUUACAACACUAAGUCUCAGAGGUAAUCACAUCGGAGCUGUUGGAGCACAACAUUUAGCUGAUGGAUUACGACAUAACAAAACACUCACCACACUAAAUCUCAAAAAUAAUCAUAUAGGAGUUAUUGGAGCACAACAUUUGGCUGAUGCAUUACGUUAUAACACAACACUGACCACACUAAAUCUCUAUUAUAAUCAAAUCGGAGCUAUUGCAGCACAACAUUUAGGUGACGCAUUACGACAUAACACAACACUUACCACAUUAGACCUCAAAAAUAAUCAAAUCGGAGAUAUUGAAGCACAGCAUCUGGCCGAUGGAUUACGACAUAACACAACACUGACUACACUAGAUCUUAGUUAUAAUCAAAUCGAAGAUGUUCGAGCAGAACAUCUGGCUGAUGCACUACGGCAUAACAGAACACUCAUCGAACUAUAUCUCGAAUCUAAUCGAAUCGGAGAUGUUGGAGCACAGCAUUUGACUGAUACAUUACGACUUAACACAACACUUACCACACUAAGUCUCCACGGUAAUCAGAUCGGAGAUAACGUCAAGCAUGAAAUCAAUGAAUAUGUUGCACGGAAUGAAAGAACUAGAAAAUCAUAA